AUGGCGCUUGUGUUGAUGUGGGCCCUGAAGAAGCUGUGCGAGCGCAUCUUCUUCUUCGGGGAAUUCAGUUUCAUGGAUACCGGCACACUGCAUGAGCAGCUCUGGCUGGCCGUCACGGAGACCUUCUUCGCGAUGACCAUGUUCCGCGAUGAAUUCGACUCGCGCGCGGUCAUCCUCUUUGCGGGCCUGCUUCUGGUCAAAUGGCUCCAUUGGGCCCUGUAUGACCGUGUCGCACAUAUGAGUCUUUCUCCCCAUCAGGGGUUCGCAUUCCACGCGCAGAUUGUCACUCUGUCAUUGCUCCUGGCCAGCAUCGACAUUUUCUCCACAUGGCGCGCUAUGAGCCAUGUUAGCCGCUAUGGCCCAUCCAUGCUGCUGUUUGCUGUCCUCUUUGUGUCGCUCCUCUUCGGCACUGUGAUCAAGUACAUCAUUGGCUCGACCAACCUGCGGCAGCACACCGACUCGCCACUGGAUCUGGCGCUGGACCUGACGCAGGACUUCUUCAAGCUCCUGCUGCAUGGGGCCUUCUUCCUGGCCCUGCUGUCAUACUAUGGCCUGCCAAUUCACACCCUAUGCGACUUGUUCCUCACGGCGCGGUCCUUCACCCGUCGGGCCAUGGCCAUGAUCAUGUACAUUCGCGCCGUCCGGCGCCUCAACCGGCGCUUUGUCAAUCCCACGACCGAGGAGCUGCAAGCUGGCGACCCGACGUGCAUCAUCUGCCGCGAGGACAUGGAUGCCGCCGGAUCGAAGAAGCUGCCCUGUGGACAUAUUUUCCACUUCAGCUGCCUGCGUCCCUGGCUGGAGCGCCAGCAGAAGUGUCCCACUUGCCGUGUCAGCGUUCUCUCAGGCGCCGAAGAGGCCGCGGCGCAGGCCGCACCUGCGGCGCCUGGCGCGCCUGGAGCCGCCCCGGUGCCUCGGGCACAGCAGCCGCCUGCCCCUGCGGCCCGAGCCGCCCCGGUCGCUGCAGCUGCCCCGGCUGUUCCCGUUGCCCCGGCUGCCCAGGCCGCGCCGACUGUUCAGACGGCCCCGGCCGCGCCCACUACCGCGGACCGUCCCUCGACCCCGGCUACACCGGGGUCCUCCUCGCCCGGCCUUGCUGGGCAGUUUGAGCCCCUGGACGUCCAGCCGACGCGGCUUACCCCACCUGUGGACGUCACUUCGGUGCGGGCUGUGGUGCCGGGCGCGGAUUCCGACCAGUCCAGCUUGUCCGGCGCCUCCCUGGCAUCGCCUGCCUCCUCGACCGCAGUGCAGCCGCCGGCCAGCCGCCCAGGCACCGGUUCCGCGGCCCGGCGUCACAACCACCCGCUGUUGGCUCUCCUCCAGGCAGCGGACAGUGCUGCUUCCGAUUCCCCGAUCUCCGAGUCAGCCACUCCGGAGUCGCUGGCCUCCGAAUCGGCCACUGCCGAGCCAGAUGCACCCGGCUCGAGCGUGCCCCCGUCGGGCAUCGCGGAAGCCCCCGCCCAGGCUGCCACUGUCCCACCCCCAGUGGCCGAGGGUGGUGCCCCUCCGGGGUCGACCCCAAUCGCACGCCCGGCCUCGGCUCCUGCCGGUGGUGUGGCCACCGUCGCCGGGACGACCAUUCGCCUGGUGCCCUACUCCACGGACCGCUAUCCCUCUCGCCAGCUGAACAUCGUUGGCAGCCUCCAGAUCCCGGAUGACUGGCUGAGUGUUGCCCUGCAGCAGGGUAUCAUGCUCCGCCCACUUGGGCCCGGUCAGCCCUCCGGCCCGGUUCCCUCGUCAUCAUCGUCAGAUAGCCUUGCCAGCCAGAUGGCCCCCACCACUGGUCGUGCCAGUCCGUGA